AUGUCCGUGUUCAAGGCAACAACUGCGGUGCCUAAUGCCUGCGACUCUCUUGCCACAAUCUGUUCAGGCGCAAACUGCCUUGUUCUUGACAGUAACUUCAAUGCAGCACUGGGCCUGGUGUUGAGCACAGUGCUCACCAUAAUGCUUGCUAUGGUCAUGUUCGCCAUGGGUUGCACUGUGGAUAUCGAACAGCUGUGGGGCCACAUCAAGAAACCCUGGGGCAUCUUCAUCGGCUUCCUCUGCCAGUUUGGCAUCAUGCCUCUCACAGCUUUUGCCUUGUCCCUGGCCUUCGGCGUGCUACCUGUGCAGGCUGUUGUCAUCAUCAUUAUGGGCUGCUGUCCUGGUGGUUCCGGCUCCAACAUUAUCUGCUACUGGCUGGAUGGAGACAUGGACCUAAGUAUCACUAUGACAGCCUGUUCCUCUGUCCUGGCCUUGGGGAUGAUGCCUCUCUGUCUGCUCAUUUACACCUCCAUCUGGACCUCCAACAGCACCAUCCAGAUCCCAUAUGACAGCAUCGGUAUCACUCUAGUGGCCCUUCUUAUCCCAAUUACUCUGGGAAUAUACGUUAAACGCAAGUGGCCCCACGUGGCAAAGAAGAUCCUCAAGGUAGGGUCAAUUGCAGGCUUUGGUCUCAUUGUUAUCAUAGCUGUGGUUGGAGGAAUUCUCUACCAGUCCUCCUGGACCAUUGCUCCCUCCCUAUGGAUUAUUGGAACUAUCUACCCCUUCGUUGGUUUCGGCUUGGGGUUCUUCCUGGCCCGCUUUGCAGGUCAGCCUUGGUACAGAUGUCGAACCAUCGCAUUGGAGACAGGUUUCCAGAACUCCCAGCUGUGCAGCACCAUUGUCCAGCUGUCCUUCAGACCUGCUGAGUUGGAGGUCAUGUUUGCAUUCCCCCUCAUCUACAGCAUCUUCCAGCUAGUGGUGGUAAUCAUAUCUGUGGGAGGAUACCAGGCAUAUAAAAAGUCAUGUUGCCGUAGUUCAGCUGAUACAGACAGUGAAGCUCCAUCCCUGGAAGCUGGCGACGGUGGACCAGCAAAAGAGAAGGACUAUGCUGUGGAAAAUAGUGCCUUUGAGUUUGAUGAGAAUGGCAACAGCGAAGAGAAGGGUAAGGACAUUAACAGGAACACCCAGCUGUGAGAUUACAGAUCUGCAAAUCUUUGGACUAUCAGUAUGAACCUCCAGGGCCACAGCACCACUGAAGACAGCAGCCUAACUUAACUGUGGACACACACUGUGCUCUGCAGGCCGCAGGUAUGCCCUACAGGUCCUGUUCUAAUCAACUUUGGAAAGUUUCGCAAGAACAGGGGUGCCCAAAUGUCUACCGUGGAAUGGCCAAAAAUUUACUUCAAGGGGGGCAGUGACUAACACACUGCAUUGUAUUAUGUUGAAUUGGCCCUCCUUUCCCUUAAUUUAUUCAUAUAUAAUUAUUUAAAGGAGCAGUGUGUAGGAUUUAGUGGCAUCUAGCAGUGAAAUUGUGGUUUGUAACCAUUUGAAUACUGCUCGCCUCACCCUCCCCUUCCAAGCAUGUAGGAGAAACUACGGUGGCUGCGAAACUCGCAAAAGACACGAAAGGCCCUAUCUAGAGCCAGUGUUUGGUUUGUCCGUUCUGGGCUACUGUAGAAACAUGGAGGUGCUACAUGACAGCCUCCGUGGAAGGGGACCCGCUCCCUCUGUAGAUAUAAACAGCUUUUUCUAAGGUAAUGAAAACACAACAAUCCUUAUUUUCAGGUGAUUAUACACUAAUGAAAACAUACUUAUGAAUAUUAUAUUCCAUUUCUGCCAAUAGAUCCUCCUAAAUGUUACACACUGGAGCUUUAAAACAACUUUACUCUGUACGUUCUGUUAGAAAGCCUGUUGUGUCCAUGUUCCUUGAUCUUUACUUGUGUCCUCUUUAUAUGUCUUAUCAAUAAUUCAAACUAAAUAUUUAAUGCUGUUUAUGUGGAUUAACCACAUUAGAUACAGGAGAGAUUCAGAGAGUUGUUCAUGAGUUGGUUCGCUAGUGAGUGAAACGAUCUCAUCACUACAAAGUCUGCCGCAACUAUGUCUAUGUUCUCUAACAUCCCAGCUUCUUCUUCUGUGUUGUCGCGAAGUUUCUGAGCGACAGAGACACGGAACGUCCCUGUUACCAUAGUAACUCACUCUCACUCCUGCCUGAAUGCUCACAGUGCAGAGGAGAGGGAGGGACGCUGUGCUGCUGCGAGAAGAGCCCCUGGCUGAGAUUACUCUGAGCAGCAUGCAGAGGAAUAAAUUACAAUAUAGUAGAUUUGUUUAUAUUUCUAGAUUUGUCGCUUUUUAGAAAUAAAGUCGCUAAGAGGAUCUGAAAAGUCGCUAAGUCACACUGUGUGUGUGUGUGUGUGUGUGUGUGUGUGUGUGUGUGUGUGUGAGGUACCGGCGUGUGUGUGAGGGGGCGGGGAUCUCUAUGUUUGCCACAAAAGAUUCAGUGGUUGUAUGAGCUCCUAAUUCAUAUUCAUAUUAAAUAUUUUGGCAGUAAAAAAAGACCCGUGGCUAUAGGUAGGCAGUGGACCAAACCACUGUGAGGCCUACGUGGGGGAACGUAAAAAACUUAAAACUUAAAAACACACUCGUAGUAGAGAACGAGAUCUGUUAACCGUUUUUGUACCAAAUACAACACUGAUGGACAACAGUGGUUAUAUUUACAUUUUUUGAUAAAAAUUAUUGCUAGGGACAAUUCAGUAGUUGCUGGAUUUUGGUAGGGACAUGUCCCUACCGUCCCUCCUCCCUUGGAAAGAUGUAAGCUAGUGGUUUUACAUCUGUGUCCAAACAGAAGAAACAGGGCUAUACAGCAAUACCAGUAUAUUUAUGAUGCAUAUUCACACAAAAUUCACAAUAAGUGAUUGCUAUUCUUCUAAUUUACUUUGUCUUUGAAAGCUUGCAUUUUCUUCACUUUUCAUGGAUGUACAGAAACUAAAUAUUUUACAAAACCUCUGUGCUUUCAUAAUUACCACUAUGUUUUAUAAAUGUGACCUCUGAAAUAAUGUAUUUUUAUCAAAAACUUUUUACAUUUUUGUUGUGUAUUUUGUUGUAAUAAUUAAUGUUUUGAUAUGAAUACAAGUACUAGUAUUCAACUCAAUAAACAUUAAUAUUUGUAUUAAUUAAUGCCUUUAUGUUAUGCAUGUGUUCGUUUGAUGUAGAAGUGAUGAUUAGGAGAAUAUAAGGAUUUUUGAAUAUUUGAAAAUAUUUUAAUUAUUCAAAUGACGUUGGCCCUUAUGAAAAAACUGGCACAUGUCAAUGUUUGUCUCCUUACCUAAUGUAGUAAAAUGUUUACACACCA